AUGGAGAAAACCGAUGUUAAAGUUCGAUGCCAGAGGAUUGGUUGCAAUGCUAUGUUCACCGACGACGACAAUCUUGAUGAUUCCUGUCAAUACCAUGAAUCGGUACCUCUAUUUCAUGAUGGAAUGAAAGAAUGGAGUUGCUGCAAGAAAAGAAGUCAUGAUUUUAGCUUGUUUAUGGAAAUUCCAGGAUGUAAGACAGGCAAACAUACGACAGAGAAGCAAGUAAUUGCACCGAUUAAGAAAAAGCCUGUACCCUCUCCAACUGCAGCUCCCUUAACCAAUGCGUCGACGAAGGACUCUUCUUGUUCUAGGUGUCGGCAGGGUUUCUUUUGCUCAGAUCAUGGCUCACAAGGCAAACCUGUAACUAAAAUUGGAGACAAACCUUUAAAUCCUUCUGGAGAUGCAUCUACAAGCAGUUCAAGUGUGAUGGCUUCAAAACCUCCUCAAAAAAUAGUUGACAUAAAUGAGCCCCAAGUAUGCAAAAAUAAAGGAUGCGGUCAAACUUUCAAGGAAAGGGAUAAUCACGACUCUGCUUGCAGUUACCAUCCUGGCCCUGCUGUUUUUCAUGAUCGGGUGAAAGGGUGGAAUUGCUGUGAUAUUCAUGUAAAUGAAUUUGAUGAGUUUAUGGCCAUUCCUCCUUGCACAAAGGGAUGGCAUAAUGCUGAUCAAUAA